AUGGACAUGCCCGGAAUGGAGCGCCCAAUGGGUCCGAUGGAAUCAACCAAGCCUACAGAAAUGACGGCUCUGCCGGGAAUGAGUUCUGCAAAUCGCGGCAACCCCACGACAGCCAUAGCUCUCACAGCUGCGACAAUCUCCAAUGCACUGCCAGCGGCGUUGGAAACAGCCGGUGCAAUCCACAGUGAAGAGAAGGCUUCGGUUCCUCCCAUGACUGAAAUGGGCUCGAUGACAUCUGCUGCGGGCAUGUCCAACGCCUUUCAUUUUGGGCUUGGCGAUCCGCUUUGGACUACGUCACUGACACCUACAAGCAACCAGGGCUAUGCAGGAGCCAUCAUCCUGCUCGUAGUUCUGGCUGUCUUUCUCCGUCUCCUGAGUACGACAAGGGGCAUGGUAGAGAGGCGCUGGAAUCCGCGGUCGAGUCGCCGUUGCAGCGAUGAUGAAGGUGACAGUUGUAUCAAAAUGGGACAGUCUGAUGGAAAUGUCAACCAUGGCCCUCAGUGGAAUGCCAUAAUAAAAGUCACGAAGGGACUUUUCCAGAUUACGAGCAUGGCGACAGGCUACCUGCUCAUGCUAGCAGUCAUGACAUUCAAUCUUGGGUAUCUGCUUGCUGUUCUCGCUGGUGGUUUUCUUGGCGAAUUGGCUCUUGGCUCAAUUGAGCACUAA